AUGAACAUUAGAGUGAUAAAGUAUCAUUUUAGCCUUGGAAUGCUGUUUUUGCUGUUUCUUGUGAGUAAACUCGUCACACUUUAUUAUACAACCCAUUUGAAGAAGGGAGGCUGGGAGGACACUGUGGAUGGCCUGUUGUUGAAUUGCUUCUCAGUCUGACCUGACAGGACUGACAUAUUUAUUCUGAGGUGUGACGGUUUGGUCAGGGUUUAAAAGGUGCUGCUUCUGCUCAGGAGCUCAUUCUGGGAAACAAGGUUGAACCCACAAGCAGGUAAGUGUGUGAAGACCCUUAACUCUGGAUGUUUUUGCAGGUUUAACAGCUAACAUGACUCUCCUUUAGGUCAAAAUGAGGAUCCUUCUCACCUACUGUGGCCUUGUGUCGAUGCUUCUGCUGAACGUCUCAGUGCAGGGAGCAGUUUUUCCUGAAGACUGCUCACAGAUUAGAAAACAGUCACAACGAGCACGCAGCGGUGUUUAUGACAUCCAGCCUGCUGGAGCCAGUGCUCCCUUUAAGGCGUACUGUGAGAUGCGAGUAGAUGGAGGCUGGACUGUGUUUCAGAUGCGCACUGGAGCAAGCUUGUCUUUUGACAAAGACUGGGCAGCAUAUAAAACUGGAUUUGGAAACCCAAUGAAGGACCACUGGCUCGGUCUGGAGAAGGUUUAUCUUCUGACUAAGGGCACAACCAAGAGGUGGACACUUAGAGUGGACCUGUGGGACUUUGAAGGUGGCAAUGCUUAUGCUGAGUACAAGAACUUUAAACUUGGAGAUGAGCAAUCAGCCUACAAGCUGAAGGUUGGGGAAUACAGAGGAACCGCAGGUGAUGCCAUCCGUGGCGCCUAUCCAGGCAUUGACCAAAACGGUUAUGGCUUCAGUACCGUGGACCGGGACAACGAUGGCUGCUCACCAUGCAUCUUUGGAGAUAUUGCUAUAAUGGAUUGUGUCUCUAUAGACGGUGGUGGUUGGUGGUACAGCAAGUGUGGAUCUGCUAGUUUAAACGGUGAAUGGCAUCCUAAUGGUCAAAAUGUUGGAUGGUCUUCCGGCCUCCACUGGCUGACUUGGAGAGGUCCAGAUUCCUAUUCAGCCAAGUCCACCAGAAUGAUGAUCAAGUCUGAGUAAAGAGUUGGUUUAUAUUUAUUUUUGUUUGUUUUUAAAGCCAAGUGCGUAGUUGUAGCACAGAAUUUGAGAUGUUUUGAGGCAAAAUUGUACUUUGUGAAGCACCAGCAAAAAUAAAACUAUUGAAAAUAUCCUCAAAAGUUUAUUGUGUUGGUCUAAAGUGUCAAUGAAUCACACUAGAUGAUUGGCUGGACGUAGGACUUUCGGAAGUUGCGUUACCACGUUCAAAAA